AUGGCGGGUCCCCCAGCACAGCAUCUGAGUUCCAACUUCCUCGAGCUUCCCUCCGAGAUACGUAAUCGUAUUUACGCCCAUCUUCUCGUCGACGAGGACACGUAUACCGAGGGUAAGGACUCAAAGUUCAUUCGUGAUGACAUUGGUGGCAUCCUCAUCCGGGAACUUUACCCAGGAUUCUACAAGGCUGGCUCUAGACGGAGGUCGUACUUGACACCAGAUUGGGAUCCAAUCCACCACAAAGAACGGAGAACCACUUACACUCUGGAUUCUAAAGUCCAACUCCAGCUUUUCUACGUGUGUCGUCAGGUUUACAACGAGGCCUCUUACAUCUUUUACGCACAUAAUCGCUUCUACGUGGAUACAAUAGACACUUUUGUUCCAUUCCUUGAAGAUCGUCCGGUCCAUGUUCGAGAUCUCAUUAAGACGAUAUCGAUUCCGGUGCCCUACGGAGUCCAAAAAGACGAGGGAGGGGAAGAUAUCCCGAGAUUCUGUAAUGUCAAGGUAUCGACCUUUGAAAAAGCAUGUGCAGAUCUGGCUACCCGCCCAGAGCUCACGGCGAAUCUAGAGCAAUUGGAUCUCCGCGUCUGGGACUAUUAUGGAGAGGAGGAGUACAACAUGGUAGGCAGUCUCGACAUGGAUACUGUACGGAUAUCCACAUACUGCGCAGGAGAACUCGCCUCGAUGGCGGACCCUCGGAUAAUGACUCUGUCCUUUUUCGAUUGGCACCAUUCAGCCAUGGCUGGGCCUGAAGGACAGUCCGUCUUUGAACCGCUGCCAGAUCAUAUUCGCCGAAAGCUUCAAAGGCUUAGGGACAUGUCUAAGCUUGAAAACGAUGACGACGACAGUAGUGGGGAUGAUGGCAACGACGAUCGAUGA